CCAGCACUGACCAUCGCACUCCUCAACUGGGAAUGGGAUUCUCAGCCCAAUCUAAGGAAAACGUGACCGCUAAAGGUCUUUCCGGUACUCCUUUCAGACCGCCUCUGUGAGCAGACGGCGUGGCGGGGCGUCCGGGAGAAUGUUCCUUUUGACAGGAAGCAAGGGGCCACAGGGAGGACAUGAGCGAAGGACAAUCUACCAGAAAAUCCGUGAGUAUGAUCUUCUGGAGAAAAAGAAGACGGUGACGGCUCUGAAGCCGGGCGAGGACAGGGCCAUUCUCCUGGGCCUGAUCAUGAUCCUCUCCUCCCUCAUGAUGUACUUCCUCCUGGGCAUAACCAUGGUGCGCUCCUACUCCGACAGCGUGUGGACAGAGGAAUCCAGCUGCACUGUGCUCAACUCUACCAUCACAGCUGAGAUGAACUGCACCUACAGCUGUGGCUCCGACUGCUGGAGGGGCUCCAAGUACCCCUGCCUGCAAGUGUUCGUCAGCCUCAACGCUUCCGGGAAGGUCCUCCGCCUCUCCCACAACGAGGAGACACAGGAAAUGAAUCCGGAGUGCUUCUACGUACCCAAGUGCAGAAAGGACCAUAUGGCCAUGCACACAAUAGUCAUGAACAUAUCCGAGCGUCUAAAGAUGCACCAGCAGGUCCCCUGCUACUACGACCCAGACGAGCGGCAGGACAGCGUGAUCCUGACGCGGCUAUACAGCCGCGGGGAGGUCUUCCACUCCCUCCUGUGGCCCUCGUGCAUGCUUCUGGGGGGCACCCUCAUCAUCCUCAUGGUGAAGCUCACGCAGUACCUCUCCAUACUUUGCGAACAGAUCAGCAAGGUCAAGAGGUGAAAGGGUGCACGGUGGCAGGUGCCCCGGCCCCGCCCACUGGAGACGAGGAGACAUCACCAGGGAACCUUAAGGACUACCUUACCUAUUCCUUAAGGACUGCUUAACCUUAAGGACUGCUUAACUUUUUCUAAACUCGAAUGACCCGGCCCUCAUAAAGAGAGGUUUCACUGUGCAUUUCCUACCACGUGCCAACAUUAAGAAGAGACAUUGAAUGGGGAAAUUGGCAACAAGAUUGCUUGCAUUUAAAGUAGAAACAUAACUGAAGGAAAUUCCACUGCUGCAUAUCACACAGAUUCUUCUUGGCUUCCAUUUCUUUACACUUGCCAGUGUAAUACUCUCACUUGGGUCUUUUUUGAGCUGCAAAACCUUUCAAGGAAAAAACAGGCUGCACGUGUGACCUGCCCUUGACCCUAUAGUAGCUUAAGUAAUCUAGUAUGGUCAUAUCAGCUUGGCACAGAAUUUUCUUCAAACCAGAAGGUCAAACUUUUUGACGCCAACUAUUCAACACCUGUUCCUUGCCAACACGUGCUAGGAGUGGAUUAAAACACCAGGCUUAGUCAUGUAAGUCAUACAGUGUGGUGAAAAUAUUCUCGUACAAUAUUUUCAAAAAUCAUUAGCGAUAUGCUGGAAAUGUUGAAGGAUUACUUUUAAAUGCCACGGGAGAAACACAGAGCUCUUGCACAUGUGAAUGUACAAUACGCAAUGCUGUGUAACCACAACGCUAAGUGGGACCAUGAACGCAGACAGGUGCAGCAUAACGUGUAGCCUAACAUUAACUUAAACAAACAAGGAAGGAGAAACUCCAUUCCUGAGGACUGAAUUACUGCCUCAAGACUAAUGUGCUGCAAAUGUUUGAUGAGGUUUUUGUAUUCAAAUUUC